GUGACUAACGUUUAGUUAUAUAGAGAGUGAGAAGGCUCCUUUCUGUUAGUUGCGAUUUGUCUACAUCUUUGACACAAUGAACUGAAAUAAGCCGGUUUUGGAAUGGCCUCCUCAAAAACUCGUGCGUCAUGCAGUGGUGGACCUUUCGCUGUUGUAAAUCCUGCCUUCCAAAAUUGGUGCCACGAUGAUGGUAAAAAGGACAGAAAAGGGUUACUUACAUCAAUGGCUGACAAAAACUAUGGAGCAAAACGGGUGUUACCGCAUGAAAACAAGUUUUCACCCAAAGAACCGCAGAAAACGAGCCACGAAUCUUCAGGUGCACUCAGGACAAACCGAACUCUGUUGUGGCUGAUGGUGUUUCUUUGCCUUGUGUCAACGGCAGCACUUGCGCUAACAAUCCUGAUGUUGUUCGGUAAAAUUGGCGAUCGAUGUAGCUGUGAAACAAACCCAGUAUCUCCAUUAGCUCAUGGGUACAGUGAGAUUUCGGCCAGGGUGACGUUUCUAGAGCAAAAGUUGUCAAAACUACAAAACGAACAGGUUGUCUUGCCUAACGUGACUGGAAGUUCUCAAACUGAGUUUACCGUUACGUUUAACCAGACGGCUACAAGACUGCUUCAACAAGACAUUUAUUCAUUGAAGGCCCUGGUGAAUGAUAUGAAUAGGACGAUAUCUGAUAAGAUGAACCGAAUCAGUUCAUCUGGAGUUGGGGUUUAUAAGUUGGCGAACCAAACAGAGGAGAUUUUGAACAAAUUUAAAAACCACACCGCAGGCUCUCUGACAUCGUUGAUAAACGCAACAGAUGCACUAAAACAAGAAGAUGUGAAGCUGAGGACACUUUUGUCAGAAUUUAACACCACCCUCUCUACCAAGAUAGAGAAUUUUAGCAAGCUACAAGGCCCAAUUGGACCACGCGGUUUCAACGGCUCUAAAGGGGCGAUUGGACCAGCCGGACCUCAGGGAUUCAAUGGAACAGAAGGUACCCAAGGGGUGAUAGGCCCCCCAGGGUUUAAUGGAUCAGAAGGACCACCAGGGCCACAGGGACCAAACGGAGCAGGAGACUUCUCCCAGUGUGAACACAAGGAAGAGAAUUUGAAUGGAAACCAAGAUCCAGUCACCAGCAACACUUUACCAAGUCCAAUUAAAGUUGCCGUGGGUGAACCAAGUGGUAAAAAGAUUGUUGGUGUCUCAUGUUCAACAGACCGUGCUCAGCUUUCUCUGCUCUCGACCAAGAUAGAAGCAUCUAAUAAACAGUUGUUCUACUACUGUAGCUGUUAUGGUCAUCAUGGAACAGGCCAGGCUGCUAUUCAGUGCGUCAUGCAUUACUGGGAAUGUCCGCUGACCACAUGAACACGAAAACGAUUGGUGUUUUGAUUGGGUGAAGAAACUUUACAAUAAAUUAAAAGGCCCAACAUCUUUAAUUGUUAUCGUAGUUUCUAGGAGAAAAGUCAACAGAAUUUUUUCGCAACAUGUUAGCAGAGUUUCUGUCACUCCAUCUUCCAUGGUUUAUUUGGGUAUGUCACAUGAAAGCCAGGGGCGUCAGGUACAGUGGGCUUAGCGGCAGUCGUAUCUGAAUAGAAUACACCUUGGUUAUGGUGAGGUAAAACAAAUGAAUAUCUAUUUGGCUGGGUUUUAAAAUGUCUAAAAGGGAAAAAUGCUAAAAAAAUGGGCAGC